AUGUCUCACUCGCGCCUUCCCCGCUCCCGUUACUGGGAUUGUUUUCCGCCAGUCCUCCGCCCGUGUUUCCACCCUUUCUUCCGUGCCUUCCCCCCGUCUGCCUUCCCUUCCAUCAUAUCCCUGUGCCGGCCUCCCGCUGCCCCACCUCCAUAUAUCCCACCACUCCCUAUCCCCGACUGCGCUUGUCCCGCGUGUCCCCCUCUCACCAGCCCAUGUGGCUGGACAAGUCAGCGUUCCUGGACCCGUCGUUCGACCUUUGAGUCCAAUAAGAGGACCAGAUCUUUCUCCCCCAACUUCUCUGUACCCACGCCCUCCUGUCCUGUCCCUCCUGUCUGCACUUCCCCCCACCAGCCCAUGUGGCUGGACAAAUCAGCGUUCCUGGACCCGUCGUUCGACCCAGACGCGUACAUAGCGACGGUGCGGCGCAUAGCGCCGUUGGAGUCGGUGCGCGCGGAGCUGAGGGAGCACCUGGCGGCGCUCAAGAGCGAGCUGGUGGAGCUCAUCAACCGCGACUACAACGACUUUGUCAACCUCUCCACAAAACUCGUGGACGUGGACGGGGCAGUGCUGCGCAUGAGAGUCCCUCUCACAGAGCUCAGGGCGCAGCUGCUGGCAGUGCGCAGCAGCGUGGCAGCGGCGCCAGCAGCGCUAGAAGACGGGCUGGCGCGCAGGGCAGAGGCGGCCACAGCGCGCCAAAUACUAGAACUGCUGCUAGACACCUCCAACGUCCUCUCCAAGGUCGAGAAGCUGCUGCUCGAGCUGCACGCCAUGCCCGACGCCCCUCCCCUCCCACCCUCCUCUGCCUCCGCCUCCUCCUCCUCUUCCGCGUCUGCCUCUGCUUCCGCCCCAGCAGCGCCCACUGCAUCUGCGUCCCCAGGCAAAAGACCUCCGGCUUCUAUCUCUGCAGCAGCAGCAGCGAGGAAUGGUCCUGUUAAGGGUGGGGGUGGGGAGGGGAGUGCAGGGGAGGAGGGGGGGGAUGCGGCGGCGGGCGUGGGGGCGGGGAGGGAUGCGGAGAGGGAGUUGGAGGAGGCGCGGAGUCGGUUGCUAGAGCGGAUUGCAAGUGAGAUGAACCGCCUCAACUUCUACGUGGCCAAGGGAAAGGAUCUUCCAUUCGUGCGGUCAGUGGAGGGGCGCAUCCGGCAGGCCAGCAGCACGCUGGCAGCGCACUUGCGGCGGUGCCUGGAGCGCGGGCUGCACCAGCGCUGGCGCCGUGUCGUCUACCACUGCCUGCGCGCCUUCGCCUCCCUUGACGCCGCUGCUGACGCUGAAGAGCUUUUCCGCCGGGCCGUCGUUGCUCCCCUUGUGGCACAGGCGCUGCUGGGAGCAGCAGCAGCGGGAGGAGGAGCAGGAGGAGGGAAGCAGCAGCAGCAGCCGCAGGAGCAGGCGCCGUCGUCACCCAAGUCCCCGUCCUCACCCACCGCAGCUGGAGCAGCAGGCGACUUGCUGCAAGGCGUGUACGAGCGCAUCGAGGGAGCAGUCUCCGAGGCGUGCCAGUUUGUGGUGGGCAUUGUAGCAUCGGCGGAUGCUGGCUUGCAUGUGUUCCAGUUCCUGGCCGCCAGUGUGCUGAAGGAGGUGGCUGCUGCGUUGCACCGGUCGCACGCUGCUGCCUUCUCCCCAGGCCGACCUGCACAGUUCCUGCUCAACUACAAGGCGUCGCUUGACUUUCUCGCCUUCCUGGAAGGCUUCUGCACGAGCCGUGAAUCCCUCGCCUCCUUCCGCGCGCAUCCCUGCUACUCGGAUUUCCUCAAGGGCUGGAACCUCGCUGUCUACUAUGCAUCUCGCUUUCGGGAAAUUGCCGGGCUGCUGGACGACGCGCUGGUGCCGCCGCCCGCCAGCUCAGCGGCAGCAGCGGCGCGCGUGGCGGUGCAGAGGGCAGCAGCACCGGGCAUGGGAGUGGGGCUGCAGGCAUCAGUGGUGCUGUGGGAGGCGCUGCAGCGCUGCUGGCACCCCGCCGUCUUCAUCCCCUGCAUCGCCGACAAGUUCCUGCGCCUCACUCUGCAGCUGCUCUCCCGGUUCGGCAAGUGGGUGAUGGCGGGCGUGGCAGCAAGGAGAGCAGGAUCAGCAGCAGACAAUCCCGGAGGCGAGUGGGGGCUAGCAGCCACACCAGAGGACCUCGCUCUGAUGUGGCACGACCUGCUAGUGCUCUCGUCCAACAUCAGAGCAGCGUACGUGGGCGAGCUGGUGCAGCAGCUGGGGCCGGGGGUGACAGGGGAGGUGCGGGCAGCAGUGCAGGGCGAGGUGGAGAGUGCAGCGGAUGGGCUGCAUUCCCUCACAGCGCAUGUGGCUGCACUGCUCUCGGAUAUCACUGCAGACCGAUGCAUCGAGGUCUUGAGGCCUGUGCGUGCAAUAGCAGCCAUGUACCGUGUGCCCAGUCGCCCGCCCCCCACCCGCCACUCACACUAUGUACCGGGCGUGCUUCAACCACUCAAGGUUGUGCUGGAAGGUGACAAAGCACGUGCAGCAGCAGGGGGGGCAGGAGGGGCGGAGGAGGUGUGGAGUGAGGAGAUGAGGGCGGUGGUGGUGGGUCAGGUGGUGGAGCGGGUCACUCAGAAGUUCGACGAGCUCGCCAAGGAGGUCGUUGCCACGGCGCGACGCACGGAGUCAUCACUGAAGCUGCUGCAGCAGCGCUCCAUGAAGCGGCCCCCGGGAGCAGCGGAUGCAGGGGGGGCAUCAGGCAUGUCAGACACGGAUAAGAUCAUUGGACAGCUCUUCCUGGACGUGCAGGAGUACGGCCGCAUCAUCCGCACGUUUGGGCUGGAGCCGACAACUGUUGCACCAUUUGCGUCACUUUGGGCCUGUGUGGCGCCAGCAGACAGGCAGGACAUGAGCUUUUAG